UUUUUUAUAUUUCAUGUGGCUCGUGGUCCAUUUGUGGAGGAAUUUUAUCAGUGCGUGACACAUGGUUUUUAUACCGCCGAAUGGCAGGAGCAACUUUACGCCACAUUUACUUUAGUUUUUACAUUCCUAUUGCCGCUGUGUAUACUCUUCGGAAGCUACAUGUCGACAUUUCGCACCAUUUCAAGCAGUGAAAAAAUGUUCCAAGGCUCCAAAUUGGCCGAUUACACAAAUAAACCAUCGAGUAAAACAAAUCGCCAGCGUCUGAUACACAAGGCGAAAAUGAAGUCUCUGCGUAUUUCGGUGGUAAUCAUCAUAGCCUUUCUCAUAUGUUGGACACCGUACAAUGUGAUGAUGUUGAUUUUUAUGUUUUGGAAUCCCGACAAGAGGUUUGGUGAAGAUUUACAAUCGGCCAUAUUCUUUUUUGGCAUGUCAAACAGUUUGGUCAAUCCCCUGAUAUAUGGCGCCUUCCACCUCUGUCCCAUGAAACGGAAGACAAGUAAAAAGAGCAACAACAACAAUGGCAACUACAGCCUCAACAGAGGUGAUUCGCAGAGGACGCCAUCCAUGCUGACGGCUGUGACCCAAAUCGAUUGUAAUGGUCGCCAAGUGAGAACCUACCGGCAGCCGAGCUAUUAUCGCAGCAUUAGUACGGGUAGCAACUACAAAGAGAACAUCGGUUUGCUGCAGACGCCAACAAACAAUGGUGGUGCGAAUGGUGUUGGCACCAAUACCCCCGGUUUACUAAGGAAAUCGGCUUCGCUCAAAAGUCCCCAUCCCAACCAGAGAUCCAUGGUACACGGCAGUGGACGCCCAUUUCAUCGUGCUCUGAGAAGUGGCCAUGAUGAUAACCAGCAACAGUAUCACAAUCAUUCCACCGAAAUCAUACAGAAUGACAACUCCGUAGGCAGUAAUUGUAGUACCAGCAAUGAUGGUGCGGCUGGUGUUGUUGUCAGUGAAGGAUGUCAGCCGGUCUCCAGUGUGCUUAGCUAUGAUAAUCAGCGUGGUGGUGUGGCAACAAUGAAACGUUCAAGUACGACGUCGACAAAUGGUGGCAGCAACAGUCCAACACGCACAUCCUUUGCCCCUCCCAAAAAUGGUUAUCGUGCAACGCAGAAUUUACCCAAUACCCUAGGCAUUGGUCAAGCCACGUACAACAGUAGCAACACCAGUGGCCUUGAUAGUAUAUCGAGUGUAUGA